UCAAAAAUUAUUACCUGAUAGUUCAGAAGUUGAAAUUGUAGAUUUAAUUAAAACUGCACUAUAUAAUGCCAUUAAACAUUAUUGGAAAGUUCCACAAGAACAUGGAAUGUUGGUUGCAUUAUUAGAUCCCAGAUUUAAAGAUUUAGAAUUU